AUGGCCUCCGUCUCUGCAGCCUGCCAGAAGAGCCCUGGGGCCGCCCCAAGCUCGCCCAAACACGCGCUCAGCACCGACACCCCUCCAGCCGACAGCGGGCCGGCGAGGAUGACGGCGGAUAGUUCGGCAGCGAAGGGGCCGCUGUUGUACGAGGUGGACGACCCGAUCUACGGGAAGGUGCUCGUCGACAGUCCGUGUGCGGUCGAGAUCAUCCACCUGGCCGAGUUCCAGCGACUGAAAGACGUCCUCCAGCACGGGAUCACCGCCCUGAUCGGCUUGCUCCCCUCGCCCCCCGUCAACCGGUUCGACCACAGCGUCGGCGCCAUGGUCUUGGUCAAGCAUGUCGGCGGCUCCGAGGAGGCCCAGUUGGCUGCUCUCUUGCACGACGUCAGCCAUACAGCACUCAGUCAUGUGACGGAUUCAGUGUUCGGAUAUGUCGUUCAUGAGGUUGAAAAAGACGUUUUCCUGGACAAGACCCAAAUCCCGAACGUCUUGAGGAAGCACGGGUUCGAUCCAAAGAGAGUCUUCAAGGAGGAGCUAUUCCCGUUGCUGGAGCUGCCGAGCCCGGCGAUCUGUGCGGACCGACUAGACUAUGCGCUGCGGGAUUCGGUGUCGUUUGGGUAUCUAGACUUGAAGGAUGCGCAGGAGAUCUACCGGUCGACGAUCGCGGUGGAGGGGAGGAUGGUGGUGAGGGGGGUGGGGGCGGCGAGGCUGCUCGCCGAGGCGUAUCUGACGAGCGACCAGAGGGUGUGGGCGGAUGGGGCGCAGUCGUACCUGUACCAGCGGGCGGCGGAGGCGAUCAAGCUCUCGCUGGGGGAAGGGACGAUCAGCAAGGAGGCCCUGUGGACGCACGGCGACCGGGCCUUCUGGCAGCUGCUGGUCGACCGGGCGAGCGGGCCGGUGCGGCGGAUCGUCGAGCAGGUCAACCCGCGCUGCGUGCUGGUCGAGACCGCUGGUCCGGCGCCGGAGGAGGAGGAGGGGGAGGAGGCCCGCUGCACGCUUGCCAUCCGGGUGCGCACGAUCGACCCCCCCGUGGCCACGCCCGCCGGCGUCCGGCCGCUCAGCACGCUCGACCCGGACUUCGGCCGCCGCCGGGCCGACUACAUCCGCUCCCGCCAAGCGCCGAUCUCGUUCAUCGUCAAGUACUCGCCCUAG